GAUGUCUGGCCAACUAAUGUUCCUCAUCAUCCCUAACAAGAAACCCAGGGAGCGAGGGUUGAGAAAUGCUAUGGUGCACGUGAAGACUCACUUCAGCUACAGCCCGGACGAGGACCCGCACAUUCCGUGCCCGGAGCUGGGAAUAGCCUUCCAGAAGGGAGACAUCCUGCACGUUGUCAGUCAGGACGACCCGCACUGGUGGCAGGCAUACAGGGAAGGGGAGGACGAUCAGCCGCUAGCCGGCCUCAUACCCAGCAAGGGCCUUCAACUACAAAGAAAAGCGUAGUGAAAGCCGUCCACACUGGAGAUGGAAGA